ACACAUAACCCUCCCGUGAGAGCGAGAGAUAUAGCGAGUCAGAGUCGCCAUGCGGCAGCGACUCCUGGUGAUCUUCCUCCUCGUCAGCUGUUGUUGUUGUUGUUGUUGUUGUUACUCGCAAGAUGUCAACGGUCAGCCGGAGAAGCAGGAGACGGUCAUGGGCCUGCAGACCUGCAUCGACGGCUUCGUCGUCCACCGAGACAAGAUCAUCCGGACGCAGGACUCGAGAGACAUGGGCGCCAAGUAUCUCACGGAGUUCGACGUCGAGUCGAGGAUCGAGUGCAUGAAGUGGUGCUGCGAGACCGAGCACUGCGACGUUUUUAUCUUCGAGGAAAAGAAACCAGGAAGCUGCUACCUGUUCCACUGCGGGCCGCCUCAUGACUUUAAGUGCAAGUUUACGAGUCACGCGAACUACAGCAGCGCUGUACUAACUGUCAAUUACAACUUGCAAAAUGCCGCCGCCCUCGAGGAGCAGAUGCGCCAUAAUCAACAGGAACACGAGCUUAAGUCACUCAGAAAAAUGGAGCCCUCUCCGAAGGAGUACAGGGAUUACUUCACGGGUGCGUCAGUCUUGACGUCGACCACUCUAGCACCUCCACCGCCGUCCACUUCCACGACAACUGCGCCUGCCAAAAUUCCAGUAUGCAGCCGCAAUCAAUUCGAAUGUCGUUCGAGCGACGACUGCAUAGCUAUCUACAACGUCUGCGAUGGUAUUCCCCAGUGCGCCGAUGGCUCGGACGAGGCAACCGAGCUCGGCUGUCCUGUAGACCGGACGACGCUUCCACCACCUCCGCCCCCACCACCCCCCGCGAUCGUACCUUCGCCUAAACCAUAUAUUCCGCUACUGCCGGAAAUGAUCAGGUAUCAGCAGAUGAUGCAGCAACAGCAACAACAUGGACAGUAUCCAAUGGAUUAUCUGGGUGGACGUGAGCAAGAUGCUUCGAAAGGCUGGCCAAUGGUCAACCCGAACCUGCAUCAGCUUUCCCCGAACCAGGAGCUAAGUUACGGACGCGGCUACAAUUCUCAGCAGAUGCCGGGCGAAUCUAACGCUGGACCAUCCGGUAUGGCACCUCAAGUCCCUCAGCAACAUCAUCAACAAGCGCAAGUUCCUCCUCCACAACCACCAUCACCAAAACAACAACAACAACAAUCACCACCACAACUGCCAGUUAAUUAUAAGCCUCCGGGUUACAAUCAGUGGAACAAUUACCCAGCACCGAUUUACGAGCAGAAUGCUAAUAAGCUCAGUGAUAACGCGGCCCUUAAUGUGAUGCAUGCCCAGAAUGCUCUCCCGUCUGCUUACGAACAGGAGCAACCGCCUAGAAUUUUCAACCAUAAGGGGCCAGGUAUGCGUAUGGAAGAUAUGGAAGCGGCAAACAUGGGAAUGUAUGGACAAGAUCCAAACAGAGGGUAUGCACCUUACUACCCGGCAGUGAUGCACCACGUGCCGCAAAAUCCGAACUCUUGGCAAGAAGCAGCUGGUUCUCCCCCUCAACAGCAGCAAGUGCAAGUGGUUAUUGCUACUCCAUCACCACCUCACGAGCAGCAACAUCAAGAACAGCCCAAAAAGCACGCGAGUACUUCAACUUCUGCUCCACCUUGUGACUCGGAAGAGAAGCAAGACGACGAUACAGCCAAGGACCAAAGCAAUCACAAUAAAAAGUCCGAAAACGAUGAGGCUCACAAAAGGGUUCACUCGGCGACGACGAAAGCCAAAGAUAGCCUCGACGGACAUUCAGCAGAACAUCAUGAAAGUAAGCCUGCUGCUGAAAAUAACAAAGCAGACAAUCAUAAAGCUCAGGAAGCAGAGUUGCGAACUAUGGCUGACACCCACCUGCAAGAACACAAGAGCAUGGCUAUAACAGAUCACAUUCGCCGACAUGGCACAAAGCUCGAGGAUCUGGAGAUGUACCGACCCAAGGGUGCAGUCAUCUCCCUAGCUCUUGGUCUCACCGUCACCGCGGUCAUGGCCGUCUUAAUCGCUUGCAGACUUCGAGUGGUGAAACGUCGGGGUCGCGGCCGAGGACACGAUUCGUAUGCGCACGAUGCAGAUUACCUCGUCAACGGAAUGUAUCUGUAAGGAUGGGAUGUAGUUAUCGAGAUAUUGACCUUCCAGAGGUGUGGGCCUAGAUUAGGGCAGAAGACUAUGUAGAUAUUCUGAUUGGGCGAAGGGAUCGAUUAGGUUUAAAUAAUUUUUUUUUUUUUUCAGUGAAUUACUUGUGAAUCAUGGAAAUACUUCGUCUAACGUAAUUUUACUAUUGGGAAGACGAUCGGUAUAUAUAUAUUUUUUUUUAAUUCAAACGAGAAAAUUAGCCAAAAUUUUGUAAGAUUUUUGUAACUUGUGUACCAUAAGAUGAAUAUCUAGUGUAAUGUCAGAGAAACAAUUUUUCGUAAACUUGAAAUUAAUACUAAUUAAAACUAACAGUAUGGAAAGUUUAAUGACCAUUCAAAUAAACAGUGACUGACAACACUUUUUCAUUUAUCAUUUUCAUUGAGAUGAAGAUGUAUUUCGAAGCAUGAACAUGAGCUCAAAAUGAUAGAAAGAGUUUAAUUUCAACCUUCAGUACGAAAUUCAAAAUUAGUUUGGUUCUCAGAAUAUGAAUUCACACUAAAUAUUUCUAAUUCACACGUAAUUAAUCAUUCCAGAGGGAGAAAAGCAUAUUUUCAUAUAACUCUGUAACGCGGUGCGUGACACGACAUGUAUAAUGUAUGUUACAUAACCCAAUAAUGCAUUAGAUGUAUAAAAGUUUACGAGAUGCUAGAGUUAUUUCGCGAAAGAUUGUUUAACAAAUAUAUAAUACAGGCUGGAUUGCCCUUUUUCCUCUUGUAUGUUUACAUGUUGCUGCAGCAAGCGAUAUCAAUUGAAUUGUCGAGCUGGUUUUUCCUUUUCCCUUUUCCUCGCAGGUUUGCAAACUUUAUCGAAGAUGUUGUACUUCGAAAAAAAUUAGCUAGCUUUUUAACUAUGACGUUUCUUACCGAGUGACGUGUAAUUUUAGAGAUGAAAAUUCAAUGAUUAGUACUGUUCUAAAAAAAUGUUAUGAGAUAUAUUUAAUAGCGGUACCGAUCUAUAUUGGUUUGGUGUUUUUAUUAUUUAUAUAUUUACUCAAUGUGUACCUUCACUUGUAUUAUAUUUAUUUUAUAAAUGUACAUUUUUGAUUAUUUUAAAGAGGUGCAGUUAGAAAAAGUACUUAAAUUUACGUAUACAUUAUAUCAAUUGAAAAUAAAGCGAUAAAUUUUUACGAAACAUCAGAGUCGUACCUAUUAAAAAAUAUAAGGCACGUCCACGAUUGUCUUUUUUCUAAAUAAUCGUUAAUAAAGCUGUUGUUUGUAAAAUA